AGGAUGCUGUCACAUUAUGCACGUAUUAAAAAAGGAAGAAGCUAUAUCGUCUGGUGUAUACGAUAUACCCAAGCGUGUCGUCGACAAAUCGUUAAAAACCAGGCAAUCCGCAAGGCACUCACGACUGAAAUUUUUAUUUAGAAUCAGUCAUAUCGAGUAAUCGUGUCGAAUCGUGAUUUUUAAAUCCCAGUACUAGAUUGUCAAUUCAAUGAAAAGUAAAUGACCACUACUAAGGGACCGCCAUUUUGCGUGAUUGUGUCCUUUUGAUGUUGGUCACUCUGACAAAUUUUAGUUGUGCCAAUUGUAGGAAAACAAAACAAUUAAAGUUUUUGAAAGGUUAUGUUUACAAAUACAAAAUAGAAAGUUACAUAUAGCAACAUUUACAUCCUUAUCAAAUGGAAUGUCUUACGCGUGGUCAGCACCGAUGCUCCCGUACUUCCUAAGCAAUUCCAGUCAUAUUCCAAUAACGCCGGAGCAAUUUGACCAAGUAGAGCCGAUGUUCUUCUAUGGAGCAUUAGCUGGAAUGCCCUUAUCGGUGUUCAUAAUAAACUGUUUAGGGCGUAAACAUUGCUUACUGUUAUCAGCAAGUUUAACUUGCUCUUACUGGCUAAUGUUGCUGUUUACUUACGAUUGGAAUGUCGUGUACGCCGCGAGAUUUUUAGCUGGGAUAGCUCUCAAUUUUUUUAUCGCCGGACCGAUGUAUAUUGCCGAAAUUGCCGAACCGAGGAUCCGUGGGUUUUUGGCAGCUAUUAUUUAUAUUAUGGUGCAGAUGGGGUUCCUUAUUGUUUAUGCUAUUGGCUCUUAUUUUCCUUAUUAUGCGGUGCCUGCCAUCGGAGCGGUUUUGUCUGCCACUAAGAUUUGCAUGUUUCCUUUUAUGCCUGAAUCUCCGUACUAUUACGUCUAUGUGGACAAACCACAUGAGGCCAAGGCAUCUUUAAAGAAACUUAGAUCCAAGAAAACCAAUUUGAAAAAAGAACUUGAGGAGAUCAGAUUGGCAGUUUACAGGCAAAAAAAAGAAAAGGGCCGCCUACAAGAUUUAUUUCUCAUUAGCAGUAACCGUAAGGCUUUGCUGUUAACAUUAAUGCUUAACGCUCUACAGCAUUGCAUCGGUUCUGGUAUUAUUAUCAUGAACAUACAUACUAUUUUAGGAAAGUCUAUUGCAUUGUACUUUGAUGUGUCUUUAUCAGCUAUUUUUGUGGGGGUAUUCAUGCUCUCAGGAGUUCUGCUGGCCUCUGCAAUAAUUGACCAAAUAGGCAGGAAACAGUUGUUAAUGAUAUCAAGCGUACUUACUGGAUCAGUUCUCUUAAUAAUAUCCAUCUAUUUACACUUGAAACAUGUUGGGUAUAACGUGGAUGCUUUAAGCUGGAUUCCAGUUAUAUGCAUACUGAUUUAUUCAGCUACGUUUACGCUAGGACUAGGGACUGUCCCUAUGGUCUUAACUGCCGAAUUGUUUCCAGUAAAAGUGAAAACGUACUGCAUAGCCCUUACUGAACUGUUUUAUAUGGGACCAGGCAUAAUUAUGAUCAAUUUGUAUCUAGUUAUAUCGAAAAGCUACGAUUUGUAUGUACCCUUCUACUUUUUUACUGCUUCUAGUUUUAUAGGGGCAUGCUUGAUUAUGCUGUUUCUUCCUGAAACCAAAGGGAAAACUCUGGAAGAGAUCCAGAUGAUUUUAAAAGGUCAGGAGUUCAAUAGGGAUUUUGGGCAACGUAAAACGCUUAUGCAAACUUAAUGUUUUUGUUUGAUCAUUGCAGUCUCAUGUUUAAGUUAAUUUUUUGUAAACAAUACUGAGAAUAAAAAAGAGUCUUGAUGAUGA